GUGCAUAUCAGAGGCAAAAGUUAUUUGUACAUAGACAACGUUCUAGUGUGAGUUUGUAUAAGAGGAGUCAAGAGAUCAUUGUACAUCCCGUACACGUGAAUGCUCUCCAACAAGGAAGGAAGAAAAGUGAACUUUUUGUGAGAUAUAAUACUGACUUCUUGGUUAUCAUCCAAAAUGUACAGACGAUGGAUAUAUAAGUGUCUUAUAUUCUAUCUUACUUUGGAAACUUCUUAUUCACAGUGUUAUGACAACAAACUUUGUGAAUGUCACUGCGAUUGUUGUUCAACAUGCUUUGGAUCUUAUUGUACCUCGUGCAGCAGAGAAGGCUGGAGUGGCUUAACUGACAAUCUAUGUCAGAGAAAGAAUAUAGCUUAUAAUCAAAGAACCACCCAAAUUUCAACAGAUAGGGACUCAAGCAAUGCAGUAGAUGACGAUAGCUCAACAUAUUCUAGGACUCAAUAUGAGGAGAAUCCUUGGAUAAUAGUGAAUUUUGAUAAAAUCGAAAGAGUAAAACACAUGUUCAUAACACUUCCUGCAGGAAUUGGACAUGACUUUAUAGUAUAUGUGACGAAUUCGUCAAAUGAGAAUUUAAAUCAAAAAUCUUUCUGUACCGAAACAUGGAGUAAUAAAAACCAGCGAUUGAAAUGGAACAUUACAUGUAAAAAUAACCAAGUAAUUACCGGUGAUCAAGUUCUACUAGAGAGAAAAACAAAUGGAGGAAGUUUGACCGUGAUUGAUAUCAAAGUGUUCCGUACAUACGGGUACUGGUGUGAUAAGACGUGCGUAAAGUGUUUGGACAAUCAAUGUGACGGAUUCACGGGAGUUUGCAUAAAAGGCUGCAAGAGUGGUUGGUAUGGAGACAGGUGUGACGUAGAGUGUCCCUCUGAUUGUGUAAAUGGUUCCUGUGACAGAUAUAAAGGGUGUACAGAUUGUCGUGAUGGCUACAACGGGGCUGACUGUAAUAAAUGCACAAUAGGUACUUAUGGGGAAAACUGUAGUUUGAAAUGUGUGAAUUGUGAUACAUAUUCUUGUAACAAUGUCAAUGGAUGUCAACAAUGUUGGAGUGGUUUCUAUGGACCGAGUUGUAAUAAGCCCUGUCCAGAAGGUUGCAGGAAUAAUGAAUGUGAUAAAAAAUCUGGACUCUGUUCUGCGGGAUGUAAAGACGGAUACAAAGGCCCGGAUUGUCAACAACCUUGUGACAGUCGAUGUGCAACUUGUGAUACAAACGAUCCAUGUAUUUCUUGUGUAGACGGAAGCUAUGGUCAACAAUGUGAACUAGUUUGUCCAGAAACGUGUGGCGGGAAAAAGUCUUGCGAUAGAGUCAACGGUAAGUGUCAUGAGUGCGUUGCUGGAAAAUAUGGUGGAAAUUGUACAGAGUCCUGUAGUAAGAAUUGUGUCUCUGCUGACAUCUGUAAAAGGAAUGGGGAAUGUCUAAGUGGCUGUAUCAAUGGAUGGAUAGGUGCGAAAUGCGAUAAAAAUUGUCUAGAAAACUGUUCACAAUGUACACUGUCUAUGUCUGAAAUUGUGUGUGAAAAAUGUGACGAAGGACACUACCUAGACAGUGACAGGAAGUGUCAGAGCUGUCCAUCGAACUGUUUAUCGUGUGACAGUGAGUCGAGAUGUACCCGAUGCAAACAAACGUUUACUGGAAAUCUGUGUGAUAGUAAAUGUAACGUGAAUUGCAUUGAUGAUUUAUGUGAAAUUGAUGGCCGCUGUUUAUUUGGAUGUAAUAACAGGAAGUAUGGCAUUGGAUGUACCACGGAUUGUAGAAAGAAUUGUGUGUAUUGUUACAAUGGUAACAACUGUACACGAUGUUUACCAGGAUAUUACGGAAGAUAUUGUACUGGUAAUUGUUAUGAAAACUGUUACAACUGUACUUCAGGUCCAUCUUGUGAAGCAUGUAAGCCUGGAUUUUAUGGAUUUUACUGUCAGUACGGUUGUUCUUCUAAAUGCCUGACCUGUGACUCGGCAGAUUCAUGUACUUCCUGUAGGAAGGGCUGGUCAGGUAGCUCUUGUCAGUGUAAUUCAAAAUGUGCUGAUGGAUGUGGAAACAAUGGAAAAUGUUGGAAUGGAUGUAACGGUUCAUUUUAUGGUGACUAUUGUGACAUCCCCUGUCCAUCGGAUAGCUGUGAGAAAUGUGAUCAAAUGUUUGGAAGCUGUACAGAAUGCACGAAGGGGCGAUACGGAAUCCAUUGUGAUAUGAAUUGUAGUGGGACAUGUCUGGAAUCAGCGUGUGAUAUCGCUGGUGGGUGUCUCCGGGGCUGUGUAAAGGGGUUUUCUGGAACAAACUGUGCUGAUCAAAUAAUACCGUCAAAGAGUUCGUCAUCAACAACGCCUUAUGUAUACGUUGUCGCCGUCCUUGGAGGUCUGUUACUGGUAUUGACAAUUAUACUGGUUACAUUCUUUGUGAAACGAAAAAGGGAGCGAGAAAGAACGAUUCGAAUGACCUAUCAAACUGUCCGAGUCGCCUGCCAGGAAGCUGACCAUGACUACGAAUGUGUUAGCAGGGAACCUGACUAUCAAACUAUCGAUUCCUGAAAUUGCGGGACUGUGUUAGCAAGGUCUUCAGUCGUUUUCGAACUGAGUCACAAAUAAAAUGAAAUAAAGAAAAAGCUACAUUUAACAUGUUUAAGAGAGUGUGUAGACUUUUGGCCCAUUACUAUAUAUCUACGUGAACUGUUCAAAUUAAGAAAUCAUGAUCACGUUUUCGUGUAUGUUACAGGAUAACCCCCUUGGUCUCAAAAUUUUGUUUGAAAUAUUGAAGCCUCGGAUAACGCUAACAUUUCUCGACCUUAGAGGUUAUCCUGCAACAUUCGAAAACAAGAACUUUAUUUCUAUUCUACUAAGGCUCAGAAAUAUACAGCCGAUCGUUUCCCUACAUGUAUAAAGCUUCGUAUUAGGUCACUGUGAUGGCAUUGCAGUUUGCCAAAUGAACUGGGCCUACAUGUUUUUGCUGACGAAAAAGUUCAGGUGGUAGGGCUUUUCUACAACUAUUUCAAAAAGACAUUUCAAGCAUUUAGUUUGAUGUUGACAGAUUGUAAUAAUUAAUUUGAAUACACAGUCCAAGGAAACUUGUUUGUACAGUAACAUGUUUACGUGUGUAUUGAUCUCGUAAUACAGACGAUUGAUUUUUAGUGAAUGACAAAUGUUCUUCAGUCAUGAUUAUAGUGCUUUAUAUAUAUAUAAAGCACUAUAAUCCAGCAACACUGACGCUCGAUGGGACUAGACUUUUCUAUUGCCACACAUUGCACUCACUAUAAUCCAUAUAUAUAUAUAUAUAUAUAAAGCACUAUAAUCCAGCAACACUGACGCUCGAUGGGACUAGACUUUUCUAUUGCCACACAUUGCACUCACUAUAAUCCAGCAACACUGACGCUCGAUGGGACUAGACUUUUCUAUUGCCACACAUUGCACUCAAUAAUUUUAAUAUGUAGACGCUUUGUUUAUUAUCAGCUUUUGUAGUUUAGUUUCCUUUCCUAUUUAGUUUUCUUUUCUAUAUAUAUAUAUUCUAUCAUCCUGAGGAAGGAACAAAAUUUGACAAUUCACGGUUGUUGGUGUCGUUGGUAUUUUUUUGUGCUUUAUAUACCGGGGUAUAUAUAUAUAUAUAUAUAUAUAUAGAGAGAGAGAGAGAGAGCGAGAGAGAGAGAGAGAGAGAGAGAGAGAGAGAGAGAGAGGACCGCAAAAUCCGAGGUCCCGUGUCACAGCAGAUGUGGCACGAUCAAGAUCCCUCCCUGCUCAAAGGUCAUAAGCGCCAAGCAUAGGCCGAAAUUUUGCAGCCAUUCACCGGCAGUGGUGACGUCUCCAUAUGAGUGAAAUAUUCUCGUUAAACAAUAUUCAAUCAUGGAGAUGUCCUGUAUUUGAAGUGAUACUACACGUGUAAAAAUGUGUAGAAUAAUUCAUGACAUAUAUCGAAAGUAGUUAUGCAAUAUGUAGGUGUCACCGUGAUUCAUAGCAAAUAGGCAAGUGCUAAUUGCCUUCUGACGAGAAAGUGACUGAUUGAUAACUACCAUUUCAAUUCUUUUCAAAUACCGUAUUAAGCAUUUUGGAACAAAGGAGACAUCAAUUGUAAAUUUCAGGACUCUUGUACCCCUAGGGACUUAGGGCAAAAAUUGCCACAAUUGACCAAUUCAAAAAGGAUUCUUCUUUAUAGAAACUAAAUGCAUAGUGAUGUAGAUCAGGAAAACCUCUACCACGUG